UGCACGACUCGAGACGUGGAUAUUUUCUUCACACACAUGAACAACGCGCGCUACCUCCGAGCGCUAGACUUCUCCCGCAUCCACUUCUAUGACCGUACGGGGCUCUACGAGAAGCUCGCGGCUGUCAAAGGCGCGGCCCUGAUGGGCGCUAGUACUAUACGCUACAGGAGGCCGCUUGACAUAUUCAGCCUUUACAAAAUAGAGACCAAGAUGUUAUGCUGGGACGAAAAGACGAUCUUCCUCGAGCACAAAUUCAUCACGUUGAAGGACAACUUUGUGCGCGCCAUAGUCCUUUCACGGACGCACAUAGUCGGUCUCGACCUACCGAAGGCCAUGGCGGACGUCCUCGAAGCAAACAACAUGAAAACCUUUCCAGAGGAGGUGGUCCAGUGGCAACAGUGCUUGGAGACUGCGAGCGCUAGACUUAGGAAGAAGGAUUAGAGUAGGUAAUGGUAAAGACUGAUGUAUUUAUUGUUCUGAGUUGGGUUUGGGCUGGGUCAUUUUUUUUGACCCGGAGUCGCGUUAUGCCGGACGAAAGUUAAAACUGAUUCUGCGACUAUAAAAUAUAAUCAGCCAGUCUGUUAUAGAGCGACGAUGAAAUGAAAAAUGUCCGGCCAUGAAAAGGCGGUAUUAAUAGAAGGAAUUUAUGCUUAUUUAAUUGUAAUUGUUUGGCAGGGUACUUAAUAUUGUUUACUUGUUAAUUCUGAUUUAUUGGUUACGUGUAAACUAGUCAUUCCCGUCCCGAAUUACCAAUAAUACACCGGCUUGGAUAUUGAUUGCGAGGAAAAGCCUUUACCUAGCAGUUGAACGCAAAUACGGGUUAGUAGAAUGAGGAAAGCAAAUGUUGAUUUGUUUGUCUUUAGCUUUAAGCCAAGACUGCUACGAUAAAGGUAAGCAUUAGACAAGAAACAUAAGUAGUUGUUGCCGUGCCUACUUUAAACACAGUCGUAGAUUGGACAUUUGCGAGGCGAAUUCUUGUUCCAAUUAAAAAGUCGCAGGCUUUAGUCGGUGCAGUGCUUUCUUCAGUUAAAUAGGUACAUAAAGCUGUAAUGAUUGUUGGACCAACGAGAUUGGCAACUGCAAAGUUAGUGUGAUAAUGAACAAAACAAAAGAUGUGUUAAAAUGUGAGUUACUAUUUUGGGACUUAAACGGAGAUUAUCAGUGCCUAUACUAAAAUUGAUGGGCCCACAUUUCACGUGAUUGAUUUAUUGUUCUUUGAUUGCUCUUUUGUGAAAUAGGAAUAUUAGGAUUUUAAAAUUAUGAUCUUGAUUCGAAAUUUGUCUUAGUGCAUCUC